CUUAGGGGUCAAUCUUCUUCACAAAAAGAUGGCGGACGUACGGUUGUGGGGUUAUAAGAUAUACAGGAUAUGUGGAGCGUUAAUAUUGGUGCUACAGUUGUCAUAUGUUGGUUUAGGUCUGCGCUGCUACUGUAACCAAUGUCCACAAAUGAGUGACUUGCCAAGCAACUCGUGCAUGGCCCGACCCAACAGCAAGUGUUUCACAGCAGUCACCAUUAACUAUCUGGAGGAUGAGACCACCGAGUCUUGGGACUACGGCUGUCUAGGGGAUGAUGAGAGCACCCUGUUGCAGUGUAAGGGAGACCUGGUGCCGCACCAUGUGCCAAAGACGAUAGCAUGCUGUGACAGCGGUGAUGACUGCAACUGGGAACUGACACCCAAAGUGGUGGAGCGAAGCACAACACCUGUACCAGAGUACGAGGUGCCCAAGAAGUAUGAAAACAUCACCCACAUUGCGCUGCUGAUAUCAGUGACUGUGUGUUUUGUGAUUCUCAUCAUCACUGUCACCUUUGUGUACCUCAGGUAUCGUAAGCGUGAGCUGGAGAGGGAGCAGAUCCUGGAAGAAGCAGAGAACGAGACGUUCAUUGGGACAGGGGAGACGCUACAUGACCUCAUAGAACAGUCCCAGUCUUCUGGCAGUGGCUCAGGGCUUCCAUUACUGGUUCAACGAACAAUUGCCAAGCAGAUUCACCUCAUCAAGAGUAUAGGCAAGGGGCGUUAUGGUGAAGUUUGGAAGGGCAAGUGGAGAGGGGAGAAUGUUGCUGUCAAGAUAUUCUUCACAACAGAAGAGCAGAGCUGGUUCCGUGAAACCGAGCUCUACCAAACUGUCCUCCUAAGACAUGACAAUAUACUCGGUUUCAUCGCUGCUGACAUCAAGGGGACAGGGUCUUGGACUCAGUUGUUUCUGAUCACGGACUACCAUGAGAAUGGAUCCCUAUAUGAUUACCUCAAGCUUCAUACACUGGACACCCAUGAGAUGCUGCUUCUAUGUCACAGUGCUUCCUGUGGCAUCUCUCAUCUCCAUACAGAGAUAUUUGGCACCAGAGGAAAGCCAGCAAUUGCCCACCGAGACAUCAAGACAAAGAACAUCCUGGUAAAGAAGAAUGGUACAUGCUGUAUCGCCGAUCUGGGCUUGGCUGUCAGAUACAUCAGUGAAAGCAGUGAGGUAGAUAUUGCUCCCAACACUCGAUCUGGUACAAAACGGUACAUGGCGCCAGAGGUGCUGGAGGACAGAGUCAACAAGAACCACUUCGAUGCCUACAAACAGGCUGACAUGUACGCCUUCGGGCUGGUGGUGUGGGAGGUGGCAAGAAGGUGUAUAAUUGGAGGGAUAGCCGAGGACCAUGCGCUGCCCUACUUCGACUGUCUUCACAGCGAUCCCAGCUUUGAGGAUGUCCGGAAGAUAGUUUGUGUUGAACAGAUCCGACCAGCCAUACCCAAUCGAUGGAUCUCGGAUCCCUACAUGAAGAUCCUGACAAAGGUGAUGAUCGAGUGCUGGAGCCCUAACCCAGCAGCCAGACUCACAUCAUUGCGUGUUAAAAAGACACUGGGAAAGAUGCUGGAGAGCAUUGAACUCCACACAAAGCUGUCGUCUCAGUCAUGAUGACAUCGGGCAGACAGGAGCUAAACUUAAUCAGGGAAUGCUGAAUAUAUAGUGCUGUGUACAGAUGCUUGUUCUCACGGAAGAGGAGACCACUUGUCCCACCGACCCAGCGUGCAACUGAACGCGGAGUGCGGAGUCAGCCACGUCCAUGCCUCUUGUCCCCGACGAAUGUGGCAGCACGUGUAGCGUGGAGUGCACCCUGCUUUGUGCAGGCUGCACAGUCAUGCAUGUCUGGUUUCAUGCAUUUUGUAAACUGAUUGCUCAACCACAGGAAUAUAUGAAGUCAGGAUAUGGUGUAUUCAGAUAAGGGUAGAUCAGGCAGACUUCAGUGAAGGAAUCAUUAGAUCUACACCAAAGUUAAUCAUUGAUUCAAUUGUUUUCAUGGAAUGUUUGGUUUAAUUUGCUGAUAUCAUAGGUCCAUUCAUCGCAUAUUGUGUGAAAUACACUUGAAACUGUUUUGUUUUUAUCUAAACUGAUUUGAUACCUUCGUGGAUGGACCCAGGCUUUGUUGGUCUAAGGGAGAUAACUCUAUUUGCUACAAAUGAAUAACUUCUAUUUAACAUACAUGCCGAUCAGUACUGAGAAAAUUAUUCUUUCAUCCUAUCCAUUGCUCCCUUCCUUUUUACAUCUCUGGAAUUAUUCUCAUUUUUUUCUUAUGCUAUUUUUAAAGCAUAAAUCCUUUCACUCUUGUGAUUACAAACUUGGAUGUGUUUAACCAUCUUUGGGAAAUUGAGUUUAUGGGUGCACUGCCAAAUGUUUAUCACAAGUUCGAAAGAGAUUGAGAAUGAUGAAAUUGGUACAGGUACAAGUCAAAAACAUUUCCAUACUUGCCGUUAAAGGCGACUUUGCUUGUCGUAAAAGGCGACUAUGAGAUCGGGUGGUCAGGCUCGCUGACAUGUCAGCGAUCCCAAUUGCGUGGAUCGAUGCUCAUGAUGUCAAUCACUGGUUUGUCUGGUCCAGACUCGAUUAUUUACAGACCGCCAUCAUAUAGCUGGAAUAUUGCUGAAUACGGCGUAAAACAACAAACCAACCAACCAACAACAAAAAGAUUUACUGAAGUCUUCGUCUUACUGGAUUAUCUCCCUUUGACCACAGUCUGCCAUUGAAUGAGCUUGAUCAAACUUAUAGGAUAGACUUGCUCUAGCGAACUAGUGACCUUAUCUCCCACCAAGGACAGUCUUUAAAUGGCAUUUUAUAAUUUAUUUACAAAAUUGUUUCAUUGAACCAUAUAUGAAUCAGCUUUACUCUAUUCAUCAGCAAGAACAAACCUACCACAUCCCUCUUUUUAUACCCAAUCACAUAAUGGCAAUAUGUUGUUUUAAUUCUAAGCAUUAUUUGAAUGACUGCAAAUAUCAUUUGAAUUGUUUUAUUUCCAUGCUCAAUAAUUGUUUGUGAUAAAUUAUAAUUUAUGUGCAGACCUGUUUGAAAAGAAAAUGGCAUGGAUGCCAUUUCCGGUACAUAUGAUAUGUAUGAGUCUUGUUAAAUGAUACGAAAUAGUGGAUAUUGAAUCUAUCUUAAAUAUAAGGCAGAAAUUGUCAGUUCAGUGUUGAAAAUCUUCAAUUUGUAUUUAUGAGAAAUGUUUUUCGUUGGCACCAAUGUUUCAAUGCUUAUCACAUAUAGGUCAGUUAGACGUCAUCUUUGUACAUAGGAACCUAGAACAUUAUUCAAAGUGUACAGUUUUCAUAGCAUAAAGCAUCACGAAGUCCAUUUCCAUGGUAACAUACAACUCUUGUACAUAGGUCAUUCUGACGUCAUAGAUAACCCAAAUUGUAUUUAUUUUUAUGUAGUUUACUGUACCAUAUCAAGUCACAAUAGCGGUUCUUUUAUGAAGAAACCUCUGUUUGUAUAUAUGUACAUAUAUAUAUGUGUUUUUCCCCCCGACAGCCCAACUGUGAAAUAACAUGCCAAACAUUGCUGUACUUGAAGUCUGUUGUCCCAGUUUUACAUAGUUUUAGCAUACUCAUUUUAAUCAAACAUUGAUUGUGCAAAUAUGAAUGAAAUCAAACUGUUUUAAGUGUUACUGAGAAGUGAUUAUGGCUGUAGCAAUAUUUGUACUUAACCAGACGAUGCCAAUUUUGUGAGUUAGUUAGUAAUAUGUUUCUUAAACAUGCCUCAUCUUGUUGAGUUUUAGAUAUCUGAUAGUUAUGUCUCAUGCAGUAAAUGAAUGUACAAGUUUGAAAAACGUUCCAGAAAAUGUUAUGUCUGUUGUACUUAGAGCUGCUGGGUAAUCAAGUGAUACUGCAAUCUUUGCAUUUAUUUACAAUGGCGCAGGAAUAUCUUGCCCCGCAGAACCAUGUAGCAACCAUAGUGGUUGUUUCAACUUACGUAUGACACUGACACGUCACCCAUGUCACUCAGAUUACUCUGUGAGGAACAUGUGCACAUUAAGCUUCCAGAUAAAAUUAGCUUGGAAUUUUGAUCAAUUUGCACACUUUGUGCAGAAACAGUUUGAGUCUGCUUGUGUAAUCUUGUUUUGGGCAUCUUUUUGGGUAAAUUUCUCAUCCUAUUGGCAUUUCACUGACAUUACGUGAUGGAAAGAAAUUAAGCUUGGGAUUCAGAAUAGAAGCUGAAAUUAAACAUUACUGAAACAGAGCUUCUACAAAACCUGAUAUUUGGACAGGCAUCAAGUUUGCCUUGAUCUUGAAUUCACAUUUCACCAAAUCUCAAAGAUAAACAUACGGUAACUACAAUUUGGGGAUAGAGUUCUGAUGACUAAAAUUCAUUUGAAAGACAAGUCGUAGCCUUGAAAUAUGCCUUGUCCCCAUGUGAAGUGGGUGGCCUGUCAGUGUCAAGUACUCUUACCUCAGUCAGGUAGAUUGUAAGCAAUCUCGUAGAGGCUUCCAUUUCUGUUGUCAGUGGCUGUCGUCCGUCGCUGUCGUCCAGCUUCUUCAUGUUAUUCUCCUAGUCUUCCAGUCUUAUAGAUGCAACUGUUUAUGUCAAUUUCUGUCAAUCAGGCCAGUUGGAAUGUCAGUUUCCUUGUAUAAUUUGCCAGGUCGGAGGAAGAUUACAGGUGAUGUCGUGUUCAUUAACUUGAGUGUUAAAGUCAAUAGCUUAAUGAGUUAAUAAACAAAAUACAUUUUGUACCUCAUCUGAUCUUUUCAACAUAUUUAACAGUUUUUCCAACUUAAUUCAGUGAUAAUGUAACUAUGAAUUGUUUAAUGAAGUUAUACAACACUUAUGUGUUAUUCAUGAUGUUUCUAUCAUAGCUUGUAAAUGGCUCUUUAAGACAUUUUGUAAAGUCUUUUCAAUGGAUAAAUUAAUUUUGAAAAGUUAUCUAACAUUUUACAUGUUAGGCAGGAAUUCCUCCAGUGUUUUUUUUAAACUGAAUGUUGUCAAUUGUUUCCUGCUUAUUGUAUGAAAGUUAUUCCUUCAAUGAAAUAUAUAUAUACAUAUAUAUUUGAUAACAAUCAGAACCCAUACAGCAAUACAAUAGAUAGAUUUUGAUUUGGCAUUACCGUUAAAUUAUUUCAUUUGACCCUUUUCUGUUAUUGAGGAUAACAGGUGUCAUGUAUUGACGUAAACAAGACCUACUUCCGUGAAACUAUGUUUAACCAUCAGAUUCGAUUCUACUUCUUUAAAAAAUGUCAAUGGUGUGAUACCGUGAAGGGUACGUUUUAUGUAGCAAUGGAGUUUGUUUCUCUGUUUAAAGGUUCAUGACUUUCACAAAUCUCUUUCAAUGCUUUGCUGUGUAAGCCUUGCAAUAAUUCUAGCAUUUGUUGGCUAUAUUUGUAAUAUAAUUGUGCUUUGACAAAAACAUACUCCAUGACUUUGUGUAGACCAUGAGACAGUGAAAAUUCUGACCAUUAAAUUGUUUCACAAUAGAAAAAACAACAUUUUUCAGAUUGGGAAAUGUCUUCUGUUUAAAAUAAAUCCUGUAGGUUUCAGAAGGUUAAAUAGUUUCAUGGAAGGAAAAAUACUUGUUCUAUAUACAUAUAGCUCCAAAUGUAAUAAUCAUUAGUGAUCUCAAGAAAUGAUUGACAGCUUUAGGAACUGCUGCGUUAGACUACAUGUAUUUUGAAUGACUUACUCGUCAGGGAGAAAAGGUCUCCUACCCCCAACCCACCACCAGGUUUGCUACUUAAUUAUACAGUGUGUAAUCAUCUUGAGUAAUACAGUAGAUACUCAUGUGAUCAUCUAUGUAGCCUAUUAAUAAUAUUUUGUUGAGAAAAAAUCAAAAUGCUUACAUUUUUAUGGAUAAUUUACAUGAUUUGAAUGUAUGGAUUUUUAACCAGUUGUACAUUGUCUUUGGCUGUAAUAUGGCUCAAAGAGCUUUUGAAUGUAUAUUUUGUAAAUAUUUCUAUAACCACUGGGCGAACCUUGAUUUCUGUUAGCUUAUGAAGUGAGAUCUUGUUGAAGCUAGAAACAGGUCUUGUAUCAUUAGGAGGAGAGGGGCAUUUGUUUCAGUAAUUAAUGUGGGCAUGAAACGGUGAGUGGACAGUUUCUUCAGUGAGUGAGUUUGGCUUAAUGACGCUUUGAAAGGUUUCACAGUUGUGUCACGGUUUAUCAGCUCGAUGUGGGAUGGAAGUGAUGUAGGUCAUUGACUUUCGCCACUUUACUUCAGGACAAACCUGGGAUUUAGACCCACGAUCAUAGGUUUCUGGCAGGUCUAAGGGACGCAACUCUGCACUAAGAAUUGUGGUAUCUGAGACGUCUGGCCCAUUCAUACCCUCACCAAUUUCUUCAGAUAGGAAACGGUGACUGAACAUUUACAGUCACAAGCCGAUUUCUUUGUCCCACCUUUGAGCACUAACUUAUAGAAUAAAUGAACAAGCCUGCAAGCUACCAGAAGCCCUCUCUGGCUUUGAGCUCUGUUACGCUCAUGGGUAGAGAAUACUGUGGGGGGGACAGAAACUACGUUGUGGUGGUGUCGAUCAUUAUGUAUCAAUACUGUGGUGGUAGUAUGAUUUGUUUUUAUUCCCUAAAAUUAAGAGAUCGUGUGUCAUAUAUUCUGGUGUCAGAUCAAUCCUGUCCCGAAUUGACAACAUCCAGACCACAGGUGGCCUCAUGGUCUAAGGUACCACACGUCGCUGUGAAGAGUUGCAUACCUUUGCCAUGCCAGGAUCUGCUGAUUACAGUCCAGCGUCUUACCUGUGUCUUUGGAUUUCACCGGAGUGAUCAGGUCUACAGCGUGCGUCAUGUUGAGCUUUACUCUGACGUUAGGCUUUCUUGUUAUAAUGUAACUGAAAAACUGUGUAAAGCAUCAUGGAAACCACACCCUUACUGAUUAUUUCGCUGUAUUGGAUGUUGUAGCUCCAAUAAGCGCCCCCCAUAGCAACUUCUAAACCAAUCUGUAAGUAAUCUCUUUAUGUGCCACAUACUAAGCCCAAAAAUGUACAUGACAGUCCAUAAUUUUUUUGUAUAUUUCUGAGUUUUUACAGAAAACACAGCAGUGUAGAAAGGCUACAUGAUUGGCCAGUAACUACAGUGUAUAAUUGAAAAUGUUUUAGUUUCAUUGACUUUUGUUCUCUACCACUUGAUCUAGGCCAAUAAAUUAAACUUGUGUGUGUUUUAAUACGAGCCCCCGUUUCCAUUUACUAAGCACUCAAGGUGCUUAUUAUGAUGAAUAUGGUAUUGAUAAUAAGUACUAUGAAUGGUAUGAAUUUAUUCAUUCUGUGUAUAUUUCAUCUGUAAAGGAAGGAUUAAUGCUCCGUAAAAAUGAUCAGGUUUAUGUUAAAUAUUCAAGAAAAGAAAUCUGAAGUAGAUGUAUGCACAUUUUUUACUGACAAGCGCUUCGCUUAGGAUACCAUUAAUUAGCUUGUACUAUAUGGUACCUUAAGAUAAUACUGUCUCUAUUAGAGAGAUUACAUAUUGAAUCUACUACCACCACAAACUCAAUAUUAAGUUAUAUGUAAAUCUAUGUUAUCAAGUUCCGAGAAAUCCAUGUAACAGUGAAUUGUCUUGAUUCAUUGUUGGAUGAAAAUGUUUCUUUGCUGCCUCCAAAUUUCACAGAUUACCUCCCUUGUGUCAAAGAAUUUCUUAUACCAAAAGUGUGACCUUUUGACUGUUGUUGAUUCAGUCUGACAUCACCUCAGCUGCCCAGGUCACAAGUCUACAUGAAGCUUAGCCCAGAGGUAUUAAAAUGUGAAAAUAAACUUACAAUGUUGCAUCAAUACAAAAUUGAUCCAAUUUCACUGCAGAAUGGAAAUUGAAGAUCUGAUUGCGAUGUAUGUGAAAUUAAUUGAAAUUAACAACGAUAAUCCACACCAAAAUUUUACUUAAGCCAAAUAUGGAUUGGUAGUUGGGUAUUAUCUGCAAAUGCAUGUUGACAUAGGCCAGAGUGUGCCACUCUUCUUCUGAAGCGGAAUAUGGAGCCAGGGGCUGUCUAAGACUCUUAUUUUCAUAUACCUAUGCAGCAUUUUUAUUGCAUUAAAUGGUAUGUACUUUAUUUUGUAGAAAAUUAUGCAAUGAAUUUCAUUUUGCAAUAAAAUGUAUUUACCAAC